ACUCAUGCACUGAAAUCUAUUUUUCUAACACAGAUUUGUAACUUAUUUAAAAGACACUUAUAGUCCAAUACUUUUUCUUCCUAGAUACACAAUAAAGCUCUGACUGCAGCGGUGCCACAAUGGAAAAGGAAUCUGCUUGAUCGUUCUUUUUUUAAUGAAUCCAUCCGAUCACUUUCGAGCCGCAUCGGCGUCCGCAACUUGUACAAUGAAGAAAGCGACACAGCCCUGCGUUCACGCCUUCUAGCUAAACGCCGCAUGUAGUUAAUAUGCGUAGAACUGGUCUUCGCCUUGAGUUAAUUGUGUGCAUUUACUGCUAGAAUAAUAGUUAUAACGUAUCACUUCCAGAUUUGAGUACCACACGACUGAUGCUGAGAUCUCCGUGCGUUUGUUCCUAUAGUAACGACAUAAUACUGUAUGCAAAUUUUAUGUGCAUAAGCAUACCGUACUCGAAGCAGGAUUAUUCUUAUUGUUAUUUUAUCAUCAUCAUUAUUAUCAUUAUUAUUUGCGGAGUUCAAGACAGGCAUGUGAUUAGUAACCUAAGGGGCCUUCCAUCUGGCAACGUCAUCAUAACAUAACAGCAUGUAGCCUGAUCGCGGAAGAGCUGCACCUCAUUCAUUCGGGUUUGUGAUGAUGCUGUCUGUUCUGUUAAUGGCAUGUAUUGCUCAGGCUAUUAGGAAAAUGUAAAACUUUCGCUCCCGAAACACCUAAUAUAUCUAGCUACAUGGCGACGUGCGUGACUCAGCACUUUGUAUACAGCGAUCAGGACUUUGUUCGUCAUGUCUGCUGGUCUGAACGAUGCGGUAGAUGCUCAAAACUGUCGAAGUUCGACAAUAUGCUGAGGUCCGGAUGGGCUGCGAAGAUGAGCCAAGGUAUGUUCCGCUAUCACCUUGGUGAUCUGCAAACUCGAAUUCUGCCUGGUGGAUCACAGUUCGUAAUUCAACUCAACAUCAAACGCGGACAGGAGAGACGGAAACCUCAGGAAAUUCUGAGUAUUCGACAAAGUUUCGAUCCAAACCAGUUCAAUUUCAAUAAAAUAAGUGCAAACGAAAUUAUUUUUGAGAUGAGCAAAGAGAAUACAAUUGAACCACAUUCUGGUCCUCAUCUGAAAGAUGGAAGAGGACAUUCCUGUCACGAUUCAUCUAAAAGUGGACUUGUCAGGAUGCUUGUUGUGAUUAAUGUAAGUCCUUUAGAGUUUGGUCACUGUCUGUUUAUUCCUAAUCCAACACAGUGCCUUCCUCAGAUUUUAAAUGCUACUACCAUCCGAACUGGAAUUGAAUCUGUGCUCUUGAGCUGUGUUCCGGGAUUUCGGGUGGGAUUCAAUAGCCUUGGGGGAUUUGCUUCGGUGAACCAUUUACACCUUCAUGGUUAUUACUUAGAUUAUGAGCUGCGGAUAGAAUCUGCUCCAUCUGAAUCCCUAAUUCCAGGAAAAGGAUUCUAUCGUCUAACUGAAUUCCCGUUUGGGUUUCUCUUUUAUACUGAAGGUCUGGACUUGUCAGCAGUAUCUGGUGAUAUUUGCCAACUGACUGACUAUUUAGUGAGGAAGAACAUUGCGCACAACCUCUUUUUUACCCGAGGCUGCUCACCAAGGAUUGGUUUUCAGCCAGAUAGCGAUCGAUCUGGAGUGCGCGUUGUUGUGUGGCCACGGACGGCUGUCUUUGGAGCCAAGGAAGAAUCAGCAUUCAACGUUGCCCUUUGUGAGCUUGCUGGACACCUGCCCUUUAAGAGCCAGGAGGAGUUUGACACUGCCACUGAAAACAAUGUAAAACACAUUAUUCAGAAAUAUCUUCUUCCUGAGGAGGAUUUUUUUCAGCUGCAACUGGAGCUCAUAGAACUAUUUACACAAUCCCUUAUUUGAGGUGAAAUCAUAUCAGGGUGAUGAUGCUCCUUCACUUUGUGGCUGUUACUGUACCUUUAUUUGUUUUUGGUAUUUUGUUUUUUCUUUUAUUGCAUCCAAAACCAAAGGGGCCCUCUGAAAGCUGCAGUGCUCAGCCCUGCGGUCUGCACAAAAAGGGGCCCUCCAAAAGCUGCAGUGCUCAGCCAAGCGGUCUGCACAAAAAGGGGCCCUCCAAAAGCUGCAGUGCUCAGCCCAGCGGUCUGCACAAAAAGGGGCUCUCCGAAAGCUGCAGUGUUCAGCCAGCGGUCUGCAUAAAAAUGGCCCUCCGAAAGCUGCAGUGCUCAGCCCAGCGGUCUGCAUAAAAAGGCCCUCUGAAAGCUGCAGUGCUCAGCCCAGCUGUCUGUAUAAAAGCAGCCCUCUGAAAGCUGCAGUGCUCAGCCAGCGGUCUGCUUAAAAACGGCCCUCCGAAAGCUGCAGUGCUCAGCCCAGCGGUCUGCAUAAAAACAGCCCUCUGAAAGCUGCAGUGCUCAGCCAGUGGUCUGCAUAAAAAUGGCCCUCCAAAAGCUGCAGUGCUCAGCCCAGCCGUCUGCAUAAAAACGGCCCUCCGAAAGCUGCAGUGCUCAGUCCAGCGGUCUGUAUAAAAAAAGCCCUCUGAAAGCUGCAGUGCUCAGCCAGCGGUCUGCAAGCUCGCUGUCAGUCACACGCUGAUGCAUUUAUCCACAUGAGAAAAGCCCGUCGUAUCCUGCCGCUGGAAAUGCUGCUGUUUUGCUCAUUGGCUUCCAGUUGUUUACCGUAUGUGUGAAUAUACACAAAGGUUUAGUCAGUGCAGAAAGUUAUGAAAUACUUGACUUUUAAGUGUUUUAGGAGACUUAAAUGCCAUUUUGUUUUUAAUUAUUUGAGAUAUGUAACACAAAACGUAAAAUAUGUGCAAAUGUAAUUUGUUGCUUUGAAUAUUUCUUAUAUGGCAAGAUUUGUGUUGGGUGUUUUGGGUUUGUUGGCUUCCACACCUGCUGUAUCUAUUAUUAUUAAAACGGAACUUUAAG